AUGACCCAUGUUUCAAUUGUAACCGGAGCCUCAAGAGGAAUUGGAGAGUCCAUUGUCCAUAUUUUGUUGAAAAAUAAUGCUUCAAAAGUUGUAGCUGUUGCAAGAUCUCAAGAAGCACUUGAAGCUUUACAGUCCACUCACGGUCAAGAAAGAUUCCAAUUUAUUGCAGGAGAUGUCACCGACCCAGAGACUUCGAAAAAGGCCGUUGAGCUUGCAAUUUCCAAAUUCGGUCAAUUGAAUUCCGUCAUCGCCAAUGCCGGCGUCCUUGAUCCCGUCGGAUUGCUCGAUCAAACCUCAAUUGAUGGAUGGAAAAAACUUUACGACAUCAACUUGUUCUCUGUUGUACAGCUCCUUCAAGUUGCAUUGCCGGAACUUAGAAAGACCAAGGGUAAUGUUGUGGCUGUUAGUUCUGGAGCUGCAACAACUGCCUACAGCGGGUGGUCAGCUUACGGAAGCUCAAAAGCGGCGUUGAACCACUUGAUUUUUUCAUUGGCAAGCGACGAAGCAGAAGUUCUGGGAAUACAAGCAAUUUCAGUGGCUCCAGGUGUUGUAGCAACAAGUAUGCAAAAAGACAUUAGGGAGAAAUUUGGUACCAAUAUGACCAAAGCUGCCUUACAAAGAUUUGUCGACUUACAUGAAAAUAGUCAAUUGGCCCACCCCGACGAGCCAGGUGCAGUGUUGGCCAAUUUGGCAUUGAAGGGAUGGCUGAAGGAAUUGAAUGGAAAAUUUAUUAGAUAUAAUGACGAUGUUAUGAAAGAUUACCAAUAA